AUGGUUUUGAUGUGUCCAUGUCCUUACCCAUAUGAAUAUUUUACAUCAAAAGAAUGGUGUGAGAUCAUGAAGGAAAAUCCACAUAAGAUAAACAUUAAUAUUAUACCACAAGGUUUAUCUCAGUUGCUUAACAAAUCUGUAAAAAAAUUUGUAUUUGGUGAAGACAUUUCUAUGGAUACUUCUGGUCUAGGAAAAGACAAAUUAGUCACAAGAGUCUUUAAUGAGCUUUACAAUUUACCAACUGUUGCACCUAAAAAAAUAACAGAAGAUUUACAUUUUACUAAUUACUUGAGCCCUUUUAUUAAACCAAUAUUCAUGAAACGGUUCAAAGAGUAUAGAGUUGAUUUAAACCAUUCAGUGUCUGGAUCCAAGAAAAGACCAGACAUAUCUUGUGUUGUAGAUGGGAUCCCCAUUUUAAAUUCAGAAAUCAAACCAUUAGGUGAUGUGAUUCAAUUGUUUUUGAUAGACUUACAAUUUGAUGGUAUUUAUCAGUCAUGGAUAUAUUGUAAUACAAAAUUAGUUAUAGAUAGACCUACAAUGCCUGCAAUUGAAAGUUCUAUAAUCCAUUUUAUGUCAUUAGAAGAACAAGUAUCUAGGCUCAUGGAAGAUUAUAAAAAAAGAAGUAGUCAAUUUACACCUCCGAGGCAGAUUCAGUAUAUGAGAGAACCAUUAACUGUGACUCAAUUCAAUAAAUUACUCAAAUGA